GAAACAAGAUUUGCAUAGCUCUCUUUUUCACGGAAAGCCAGUAGCAGGGAGGGGGCACUGAUCUUAGUAACUAUUCACCUUCUGACAUCAGAAACCUCUGCUGCAACACACAAGACUGCUGUCGCGAAAUCCCUGAUCACGAACAUGAAGCUCCUUCCCCUCCUCACAGCUGCGACCUGCUUCACGCCCCCAGCUCCCUCGUUCUUUGUACCACAAGUGAUGAAGUUUUUUUUCCAGAUCACAUGAGCCAGGAUGAAGGGGAAAAUCCUGCCAGGAACAGAGACGGGCUGCGACCUGAACCCGAUCAAGGGGAGAUACAGACCAGUACCCUGAGAGCUAUAUAAGAAGCUGCUUGGCACAAGAGCAAACACUUUUUCAGAUGAAAGACUCUCAUGAAUCAGCCAUGCAUGUGAAUGAAGACACCGUUUCAAGGAGGCUUGGAGCCACUAACAAAACUUUUUUGUAUUUCAUCAUCGCUGCCCUUGUUGCGUUACUCGUCUUUGCGUUGGCCACCAUCAUGGUCUUAGUGAUCCGGAGGACGGCAGCUGAUCCUGCCACAGAGGGCAGCACAGAACGGAUCCGCAAAGGGAACACCUCAGAAGACUAUUUAAGAAUCCUACAGAAUGUUCCGGCCAAGGGAGCUGCUGCAUACAUGAGAGUGUCAAACUCAGUCAACAGCUCGAAGCUGAGCUUGGCUGGGAUGGGCAUAUGUGACAACAUCCAGUGCGAGAGCGAAGAGCUGGUGAUCCGCGAGCAGGGCAUCUACCUGAUCUACUGCCACCUGAACUUUCGCUUUACCAACUGUUCCCACAGCCCCACUGACAUCAAGAUAGAGCUCCUCGUCAACGACGAAGUCAACCGGCAGACGCUGUCCACGUGGUGCGCAUCAGACUCGUGCCAAGAAAAGAAUUUUAAGACCUUGUUCCAGCUCCAUUUGACGUACUUGAAAGCGGAGGACCGGAUAUCAGUAACACUCAGCCAUCCUAAAUUCCUGAAUGAGAUUCACCUUCCCAAUGAUAAUGUGCUUGGGGUCUUGAGGUACAGCGAUGAGAUGUGAGGAGCUCUCUGACUCCCCACCGCUGCGCAGACUUUCUCUGUCUUCCUCUGAUGACAGCAGCCUGCUUUUACUAGGCUACACCUUGUUUUACGUUUCCUAUCUUACCUCAUCACUAGGGUAAAUGAGGAACUUUGUGUCCCAGAACGAAAUCUAGAACACUGCAAUGCCCACACCUGGCAGACGUCGGGUUGCUCUGGUUUGGUCAUGGUAGGGUUGUUGCUGGACAGCAGAUCCAGCAGCACAGAAGUGCCAGCGGGUCCUCCAGGCAAUGCUGGGCAAACACAGACCGAAACGCAACCAGACUAUGGGAAGAGCACACAGUAUCAAGACUUCUUGGCUAAUGCACUGCUGGCAAAGUGCCUGUGCUCAGGAGAUGGGGAAAUCCUUUUGAUCUGAAUUUGAUGGAGUAGUAUUUUGUCACGGUCGUUCCCAAAAACCUAACGACCAAAGCUUGUAAUUAAGGCUUUCUUUUCAACUGGAGCAUGCAACCACAACUCUGUGAGUUUAUGGAUAGAUCAUAACUAAGGAAAGAGGAAAUUGCUGGCUCCCAGGCAGGUAGCUGAAACUCUGGGACAGGGUGUAGGAGACUGGGGACUCACCAAACAUUUCUGUGCUGCAUUUUCUGCUACAAACUUUAUGCAGUUUAGUUCCUUUUCACUAUUUAUCCAUCUUCUCUAUUUAAUAUUAAGCUCUUUGGGGCAGAGCCUUUGUGUAUGCACAAUGUUAAGCCUCUGGAACUUCUAGACCUUUCCAUAAUUAAUAUUAAAAAAUAAUCUUCUUGUGCCACAUGAGGAAGGAGUUUGUUAUGAUACUUUUCCCCCAAAUUGUGCCCUGCCUGUUCGGCAGUUCCCUGAGUAACACGACAGCACAGUGCUGUGUAAAUACAUCCCAGCAUCUGAACUCUUGGAAAAUCCAAGAUUUAUAUCUGAGGCUCCAACUUUCCCAACGAUGAUUUCAGACCUGGCCCUCAGCUACGAGCUGUGGCAUUUGGACAGUCCAGAUUUCAUUUGAGCUUCUUUGAGUUACGAGGAGUUUAGGUAAUGAAUGAUGCAAGCAACCUCAGGCCCUCUUACUCCGUGGAUUUCAGUAACACAGGCUUUUAUUUAAAAUCUGAUUCUCACCAUGAGGGAAUGUAUGAAAAAGCUGCCAAGGACUCAGGCUUUCCUCUUUUCCCUUCGUCACUGAGGCUCUACCGUGGCCUGUUUUUGUUGGCAUUCAUCUUUUUCCCUUGGGUACUGUUUAUUCUUCCUUUCACAUGACUAAGACUGGGUGAACUGUUCACACCAAAACUUUUCGUCACGAUUUUAGCUUAGAAAUCAAUUUCUGGCUUCCAAAAACCCGGAAGUCUUCCACUGUUCGGGCUUAUCUGAUGGACGGUUUGUGUGAGCAUACUCAAAAUGCUUCUCAUGGAAGUAAUUUUCUACUGGUGAUAUUUCCUGGAACGUUCUUGAGGGUUCAAUCCACUGACAAAGGUGAUUUCAAAACGCAAAAAAACCUUUCAAAGGGUCAUGAAUAGUCAAGCUGACUUGCUGCUAUGGAUAUCUACUUUCUAUUUUGAUAAACAUUGAUGUAAACAAAAAUUCCUUCUGCUAUUAAUGACCAAAAAAAAAAAAAAAA